GAAAGCACCUCACUGCAGGCUCAAAAACUCCCUUGGGGUCACCCUAAGACAUUUCACAAGGGCCGUCCAUGAAUUUUCGCGCCAGUGAUAAAACAGGUAUUUCCGUUAAUUUCACACCAAUAGCUAUUUCCCUCCAAUCCUAUGCCAAACCAAAAACCAAUAACAAAAUCCCUCUCAAAGUUUUCCACUCCACACCACCACCACCACCUCUAAACCACCAUGAUCACCACAUCCGAAAUCCUCCGCCACACCACCGCCUUCAUCUCCAAUACCCUCUCCCAAUCCGAGCUCCGCCACCGCCUCUUCUCGACCCUCCGCAGUAAAGUCGCGCCAUCCGAUCAAGCCACCCUAAAACCUCUUAAACUCGCUGCCGAAUCUCUUGAAAACGCUGUCUCCACCUCCAGCCCCGCCAUUCAAUCCUCCUCCCUCCGCCUUGCCGAACGGCUCCUCCUCUCUCAACCCGAAAACCCCUUCUCAACCUUCCUCCUAUCCCUCAUUUACAGCCUUUUAGACCAACCCAUCAAUGCCGCUCUUAGUCUCCUUCAUAUAUUCCACUCCGACCCAUCAUUGGCUCGCUCGGAGAUAGCGCCGGAUCUCUUCGAGGAGCUGUUUUUAGUCCAUCUUCUCCCAGUUCUCCAAUGGUUCACCAAACGAAGAACGACCAUUUUGUCGUCUUCAACCUCAAUCUCAGAUCAUAGCAAUGAUUUUUCGAUAUGCGAUGAGUCGGUGGUUCUUCCUUGCACGAAAUCGUUGUCGAGGAUGACUGAGGGUCAAACUUCAGAGCUGAAGGAUUUGGAGAGCAACUAUGAGGAGGUCCUUGAUGAGAAUUGCCGGGUUCUUGUUAAGUACUUUCACGAAGUCUUAGAAAAUACAGAUGGGAAUUCAUUGAUUAAUCUGCCACCAUUGAAGAACUGUGGGAAAGUUGAUAACUUCCAGUACAGCGAAGAAGAGAAGAUCAAAACGGAGGAGCCUGUGUGGAAAAACGAACGGUAUAAUCCAAUAUGGGCUGAAGGAGAGAGGUUCGUUGAAUUCAACAGCAGCGGAAAAUCCAAAUCUCCACCAUUUUAUCCUCAAAGAGUCUCUCCCGAGGUUCUCACAAACUGGAAAUCCUUUGGGAGAUUGGAAGUAUCGCCGACUCCGAGCUUGGGUUCUGAAGUUGAGUCUGACAAGUCGGCUUAUUCUUCUUCUUCUUCAGAAUCUGAAGCAGAAAUCGAGGAAAAGAACAAAAGAAUGGCGUUUGUGCCUAGACAGAACCGCAUCCAAAAAGAAAAGCAACCCAUUUCUGCAGAAUCUAGUAGUCUCAUGGCAGGUUUUGAUAACCUGCCGAGUGGUGGAAAGCAUACACCUCCCAAGGACUUUGUAUGUCCUAUAACAAGCAACGUGUUUGAUGAUCCAGUGACUCUCGAGACAGGUCAGACAUAUGAGCGUAGAGCUAUCCAAGAAUGGUUUGAUAGAGGGAACUCUUCUUGCCCAAUUACACGCCAGAAGCUGCAUAUUAACCAGUUGCCUAAAACAAACUAUGUGCUCAAAAGGCUUAUUGCAAGCUGGCAAGAACAGAGCUCCAGCUCUGUUCCAAGCCAAGAGGCUGAGCAAAUCAUGAAAUCAACAAUUCCUGCAACUUCUCCUAAUAGUGUCAUAAGCCAAGCCAACAUUGAUGGGACAAUUAGUGAGUUAAGACAUGCAAUUACAAAUCUUUGUGUGUCAGAAGUCCUGAAGGAGUCUGAAAUGGCUGUCCUCCAAAUUGAGCGGUUCUGGCAGGAAGUGAAUAUGGAUGUUGAUAUCCAAACCAUGCUUUCAAGGCCUCAAGUUAUUAAUGGGUUUGUGGAGAUUCUUUUCAAUUCAAUCGACCCGCGGGUGUUAGAAGCUACAGUUUUUCUCCUGUCUGAGAUGGGCUUCAGAGACAAAGAUGUGAUUCAGACACUGACCCGAGUUGACACUGAUGUGGAAUGUAUUGUGGCUCUUUUCAAGAAGGGAUUGAUGGAAGCUGUUGUCUUGAUAUAUCUGCUAAGACCUUCCACGGUUAGCCUAGUGGAGAUGGACAUGGUGGACACCCUCCUAGAAGUUAUUAAGAAGAAAGAGGAGGAUUUGCUUAAAAUGUGUUUGAAGCCCAAAACAGCUGCAGUGCUUUUGUUGGGUCAGAUUCUUGGAAGCAGAGAGGAAAGUUUUCGAUCUUCAACAGCCAACACAGUGAUUUCUGAGAAAGCUUCAGAAAGUCUUAUUGGAAGUUUGAAAGCUGAGUCGGCAGAAGAGAGAAUUGCUGCAGUUGGGAUCUUAUUAAGAUGCAUGGAGGAGGAUGGGAAGUGUAGGCACACCAUUGCUGAUAAAGCUGAGUUGGCUCCGGUUUUGGAGAGCUUCAUGGGCGCAAGUGAUUCAGAACGGUUUGAGAUAGUUUACUUUCUCUCUGAGUUAGUUAAGUUAAACAGGAGAAGUUUUAAUGAGCAAGUUCUUCACAUCAUAAAGGAUGAAGGUGCCUUUAACACAAUGCACUCCCUCCUAGUUUUUUUACAGACUGCACUCCCAGACCAAUGUCCUGUUGUGGCUGGUCUCCUCCUCCAACUUGAUCUACUGGAGGAACCAAGGAAGAUGAGUAUAUAUCGUGAAGAGGCAAUAGAUACUCUCAUUUCAUGCCUCAGAAAUACUGAAUUUCCAGCUGCCCAGAUAGCAGCAGCAGAGACGAUUGUGUCAUUACAGGGGAGGUUCUCUGCCUCUGGAAAGCCCCUUACCCGUGCUUUUCUUCUUAAACGUGCUGGACUUGACAAAAGUUUUCAAACUCUUAUGCGAAUGGAGCAGCUUAGCAAUAUUCCUGGAGAAUUUGAUGAAACUGCGAAUUGGCAGCAACAGGAAGAAGAGAAGGCAGCUCAUGAUUGGGAAAGAAAAAUGUCAUUUGUUCUAGCAAGCCAUGAGUUUGGUCUACUGUUUGAGGCUUUGGCAGAAGGCUUAAAGAGUAGAUAUGCAGAUUUAUGUUCAGCAUGCUUUGUCUCAGCAACAUGGCUCAUGCACAUGCUCAACGUUCUUCCGGACACGGGGAUACGUGGAGCAGCCCGAGCCUGCUUGCUCAAGCGCUACAUAUCGAUAUUCAAAUCUGCAAAGGACAUUGAAGACAAAGCCCUCUCAUUGCUUGCUCUAUACUCAUUCAUCCAUGACCCUGAGGGGCUGCGUGACCUAACUUUCAGCAUGAAGGACAUCAUGAAAGGCCUAAGAGAGCUUAAAAAAUCGUCACCCUUGGCAUUUGAAAUGCUGAAAGUUUUCUCCGAAGGACGUGACUCUAGUUCUCAGGACUUCUGGAGUCAUAAAGAAUUAGUUCAAGUAGAUUGCAGCGAGAAUGGAGAAGUUCUGUCAAUAGCCUGCUUCAAAGACAAAAUAUUUUCCGGCCAUUCAGAUGGAACUAUAAAGGUCUGGACUGGUAGAGGUAGCAUUCUUCAUCUUAUCCAAGAGGUUCGAGAACACACCAAAGCAGUUACUAGUUUGGCAAUUUUGCAAUCGGGGGAGAGACUAUACAGUGGUUCACUAGAUAAAACAACAAGGGUUUGGUCUGUUAACAAUGAAGCAAUUGAUUGUGUUCAAGUACAUGAUAUGAAGGAUCAGGUUCAUAAGCUAGUUGUUUCCAACAGCAUUUCAUGCUACAUCCCACAGGGAUCUGGUGUCAAGGUUCACUCAUGGAAUGGAGGAUCCAAGUUGUUAAAUUCAAGCAAAUAUGUCAAGUGCUUGGCGCUUGUAAGUGGAAGAUUAUACUGUGGAUGCCAUGAUAAUAGCAUUCAGGAAAUUGACUUGGCAACAGGAACACUCAGUACCAUUCAGAGUGGUUCUAGAAAGCUAUUAGGAAAAGCAAAUCCUGUCAAUGCACUGCAAGUUCACAACGGACUAAUAUAUUCGGCUAGUUCUCCCUUAGACGGAGCACCCGUAAAGAUAUGGAGUGCCUCAAAUUACAGUAUGAUCGGAUCACUGCCAACGAUGCUAGACGUGCGGGCUAUCGCCAUAAGCGCAGACUUAAUUUAUCUAGGAUGCAAAGGAGGAACUGUAGAAAUUUGGGGAAGGGAGAAGAACAAUAGAGUGGAAACUCUACAAACCGGCACAAAUGGCAAGGUUAACUGCAUGGUUCUUGAUGGCAAUGAAGAGGUUCUGGUGAUUGGAACAUCCGACGGCCAGAUUCAGGCAUGGGGACUGAGCUAGAAAUAGCAGGAUGCUAUACUAUGAACUCCUGGGAGAACAAUUUUGGGUAGAUAUGUUAAGUGAAAGCAGAAGUAUUACAACCAAUAUUCUUUGCUCCUUUUGAUUGAUUUGAUCCUCUUCCUUUGAAAUUUAUUCUAGGAAAUGUAUAUAGCUAGACCUGAAGAUUAGAUCCUACAGAUGCAGUCCAUUCAAUUGUAACACAUAUUUGUAGCACUGUACAGAAACUGACCCUUAUGCAUUUAUAUAACAUUUUCUCUUGAA